ACAUCAAACUACGAUAUUUUAUACAACAAACACAUUUCAUGUUUUUCAUUAUUUUUUUGAUAAGAAAGGUCAAAGAAAAAUUAAAUCAAAGUUCUUCUAAGUCACGUAGAUGAUAUAAUCAUCAUUACUAGUUUUUAGUCAAAUUUAGUAUCUAAUUUCAAUGCAAAACGUAAGAAUUAUUGUAGUUGGAGCCGGCAUUAGUGGAAUUAGUGCAGCUUCAAGAUUAUUGGAAAAUGGUUUUAAAAAUGUGAUAAUAUUAGAAGCUGAAAAGAGGAUUGGAGGUCGUGUCAACACUUCUCCUUUUGCAAAUAACGUUGUUGAUCUUGGAGCGCAAUGGUGCCAUGGAGAGAAGAACAAUGUUGUCUAUGAGUUAGUUAAAGACCAUCAAGUUUUAGAUUACUCGAAUAUUUCCUUUCCCAGUGUUAAUUUUCUCGAUUCAAAUGGGCAGCUUAUUGACAGUGAUUUAUGUGGAAGACUUAUAGCUUUAUGUAUGUCAAUUCUUGAAAACUCUUCUGACGAUCUUGCUGACUACACAGGAUCUCUUGGAAGUUAUACAGUUAAGAAAUAUAAAGAAGAAUUGACGACUUCAGAAUUCAGUGAUAUUGAUAAUGAAACCAGCUUACAAGUCUUGGAUUAUUUCCAAAAAUAUGAAAAUUCAAUUGAAGCUUCUGACAGUUGGUUUGAAACAUCUGGUAAUGGCUAUUUACAUUAUUGGGAAUGUGAAGGACAUCCAUUAUUAAACUGGAAGGAUAAAGGAUAUAAGACAGUCAUAGAUUAUAUAACAAAAAAGAAACCUGACCCAAGAUACUCAAUAGAAGUUGAAAAGAAAAUUUUGUUGAACAAAGAAGUUUCUCACAUUGAAUGGCGUGAUCCUCAAGUUAAAAUUAAAUGCAGUGAUGGAUCGUUUUAUGAUGCUGAUCAUGUCAUUGUCACAACAUCUCUUGGUGUCUUGAAGGAAAAUUAUAAAACUUUAUUCAAUCCUCAACUGCCUAAAAAGAAAAUUGAUGCAAUCAAAGGUCUUUCGUUUGGAACUGUUGACAAAAUCUUUUUGGAAUUUGAGAAACCUUUUUGGAAUGAUGAAUGGAAAGGAUUUAGUUUAUUGUGGAAAGCUAAAGAUUCUGAAGAGAUUCGUAAUACUUCGGAUGCUUGGAUGGAAGAUGUUUUUGGCUUUUAUGUCGUUGAUUUUCAGCCUAAUAUUUUAUGCGGAUGGAUAAGUGGAAAGUCAGCUAGAAAAAUGGAGACUUUGGAUGACGAGACCGUUCUACGAAGCUGCAUGAAAUUGUUUACAAUGUUUUUAGGCUCUCGACUUCCAUGGACGACACCAAUAAACAUUCUCAGAUCAAAUUGGUACACAAACAAACAUUUUCGUGGUUCAUAUUCAUUCAGAAGUAUGACGACAAACAUUUUAGAGACAUCAGCAUGUGCCUUGGCUCGUCCAUUACAAGAUCCAUAUGGAAAGCCAGUUUUGUUGUUUGCAGGUGAAGCAACAAGCGAACAUUAUUAUUCAACUGUUCAUGGCGCUGUUGAAGCUGGAUGGAGAGAAGCUGCAAGAUUAACAGAAUUUUAUCAAAGCUCAACAACAAAUAAAACGAAGAAAUUUGAAGUCUACGAUGUUAUUGUGUUGGGUGGAGGACUUGCAGGUCUUGGUGCUGGAAAAGUUUUGAAGGAAGCUAAUGUUAAGUUUAUGAUACUCGAAGGACAAGAUCGCGUUGGUGGAAGAAUCAAUACAGUGACGUGUUCAAAAUCAAAGAAUGGAGAAGAAAUUCGUGUUGAUUCAGGCGCUCAAUGGCUCCAUGGAAAAAACAAUGAAUUAUUUAAGUUUGCUGAAAAAUGUAAUUUAAUUCAUGAUGUUUUAUCAGAAGAAGCUGAAGGUGAUUACAUACGAGAAGACGGAAUGAAAUUUGACGAAUAUUUUGUUAAGAAAAUUGAUUUUAAAAUUGGUCAAAUCCUAGAAGAAUGUGAAGCUCUAGUGGAAUUGAAAAAUGUUGAAGGAGUGAAAUUUCCUGCUUCACUUGAAGAAUAUUUGACGGAAAAGUUUACAGAUUUUGUCGAAAAUAUGGAAUCAAAUGAAGAAAAGGAACUUGCUUAUCAACUUCUUGACUGGCAUAAACGGUUUCAAAUCAUUGAUAAUGCCUGCAUGAAAUUCAAUGAGAUAUCAGCGAAAUGUUGGGGAAAUUACUCGUUUAAUGGUGAAUCAUGUCAAACUCAUAUCAAUGUGAAAGGUGGAAUGAGUGAAAUUGUUGAUAAGCUCAAAACAUUGCUUGAGAAAAAUUUCAGACUCAAUCAAAAUGUUCAAUUAAUUCAUUGGAAGAAUGAUCAACAACCAGGAAUUGUGGUUUUGUGUAAAGAUGGAAGCAAGUACGUUACAAAUAGAUUGAUUUGUACAUUUUCUCUCGGUGUGUUGAAAGAAAGUCAUCUGGAGUUGUUUUCACCAUCGUUGCCAACAGCACAACAAGAAGCGAUUGAAGCGAUUGGUUAUGGAACAAUUAAUAAAAUAUUCCUUCAUUUCAAACAGAAAUGGUGGAAUGAUGAUUGGAAAGGACUUCAGUUGAUUUGGAAGACGAAUAAUAAUUCACAUUGGACAAAUUACAUAUCUGGGUUCGAUGUCAUCAAUUCGGAACCUAAAAAUACUUUGCUUGGAUGGAUUGGUGGUCAAGGUGCAAUUGACAUAGAGAAGUUGAGUGACGAAGACAUUAUCGCUGAAUGCAUGAAACUUCUAAGAAAAUUUAUAAAAAGAGAAAAUCUUCCCGAGCCAGAUGAUUUCUAUUGUUCUAGAUGGAAUCAAAAUAAAUUUAUUAGAGGUGCAUAUAGCUUUACUAGCACGAAAUGUGAUCACCUUCAAAAUUGGGAGAAAACAUUAUCAAAACCGAUAAUUUUUGAUUGUCCAGAAAACCGAAAAAAUGUAAUUUUGCUUGCUGGUGAAGCUUGUCAUGAACAAUACUUUUCAACUGUUCAUGGUGCUUUUCUAUCAGGAAUUGAGCAAGCUGAAAAUAUUUUAAAACUUGAUAGGUCAUCUUCCAUUUCAAAACUUUAAGCUUGUUUCCCAUUUGAAUAUUUAUACCUAAUAAAUGAAUUUUUAUCUUAUGCUUUAAAUAAUGAGAAUAAUUUUUUAAUUUUUUUUGUUCCAGAAAAAUAACAAAGUAUAUUUAAUGUUUAAAGCAUAG